GCAGAGCAGAAGCGGAGGAGCUGAACAUUUAAACGGCGUUCCGGGACUGUGGGCUGUGUUAUGAAAACGGGGCUGUCCCGCGAAUUGCGGGACUGUUAGGCGGUGAAGUGGUAAAACUGAACUGAAUUCUCGGUUGCCUCUGCUUUUCAUUGGACAAAAGGAAACUUGAGGACUGGCCAACUGAAAGACCUUGUAUUUGGCUCUUAAAAUUAAAUCCGUUUUAUAUCAUGGGUCAGAAAGUCACAGGUGGUAUAAAGACUGUAGAUAUGAGGGACCCUGCAUAUAGACCACUAAAGCAAGAUCUACAAGGGCUUGACUACUGUAAACCUGCAAGACUGGACCUUUUAUUGGAUAUGCCUCCAGUUUCCCAAGAAGCACAGCUUCAGCACUCCUGGAAUAACAAUGAUCGCUCGCUAAAUGUGUUUGUCAAAGAGGAUGACAAACUUGUCUUUCACCGGCAUCCGGUGGCACAGAGCACAGAUGCUAUUCGGGGCAAAUUUGGUUACACACGUGGCUUGCAUGUUUGGGAGAUUACCUGGGUCAUGCGACAGCGAGGGACUCAUGCUGUAGUUGGAGUGGCUACAGAGGAUGCACCGCUUCAUUCUGUUGGCUAUACAACACUUAUAGGCAGUAAUGGCAAAUCUUGGGGCUGGGACCUGGGCAGGAAUAAACUAUAUCAUGAUGGCAAAAACCAGCCAAGUAGAACAUACCCUGCAUUUCUGGAGCAUGACGAAACUUUCAUUGUCCCGGAUUCCUUCUUGGUGGUACUUGAUAUGGAUGAUGGCACACUUAGCUUUGUGGUGGAUGGACAAUACAUGGGAAUUGCUUUCCGAGGACUAAAGGGAAAAAAACUUUAUCCUGUUGUAAGUGCAGUGUGGGGUCACUGUGAAAUAAGGAUGCGAUACUUAAAUGGACUUGACCCUGAACCACUUCCACUGAUGGAUCUGUGUCGAAGAUCUGUUCGCAUUGCUUUGGGAAAAGACAGACUGAACGAAAUACAAGCUCUUCCACUACCAGCUGCACUUAAAGGCUACCUGCUUUACCACUGACACAUGCAGGGAUCGUCUGCCUAUAGUAAUCUAUACAGUACUAUGCAUUCUGAGGCUCCAAUCCUUUCACCUACACUGCCUCACUGUUGGGUGUAGCGCUACUAUCCCUCUACACUGCUCAAAUGCAUGCUACAGACUUCCAGUACCUCCACAUUUUUGCCCUGGAGUUUUUGGAUUUCCUAAUUGCACCUUUUAUGUGAAGGAUAUUUAGUAAUACAAGGAUUUGCCGUGGGCCUAAUAAAAGAACAGAGUUGCUUUUAAAUUUCUAAAUGGGAACCGUCCAAAUUCUGCAUUCUCCAAUUUCUUUUUUUUUUUAUGUACCUGUCAAAUUUGUAUGUUUGUCUGUCAAAUAGCAGUUGUGCCUCUAAAUAUUAAGUUCAAGACUGUGGCAAGCAUACCUAAAGGACAAGUGACUUAACAAUUUUUCUUUUCCCCUACUGGUUUUUCAGGAAUAUUAUCUUUUUAGGAUCCUGUUUUCGACCUUCCUAGUAGUCCCUUAGUAAGCGAUAUGUUCUAAUUUAAUACAUGAGCUGAUAUAUUGCUGAGCAGCCGCAGCCCUUACUCAGCAUGGUUACAGGACAUUACUAUAGUAACACAGUAAGUGGUAACUUACAACAUUAGCAUUUGGCUACUGCUCAGUUUAUCGACCUAAUGUGUUAAACAUUCUAAUCUAAGUUAGAUCAUUGGAUCUAAUGUGUUUUUUUUUUUUACACAUUAGUUUGAUAAACUGAGCAGCAGCUGCCAAACAACAAUGUUGUAAGUUACCACUGUGUUAUUAUAGUGAUGCUCGGUAACCAUGUUCAGUAAGGGCUGAGGCUGUUGAGCAAUAUAUCCGCUCGUGUGUUAAAUUAGAACAAAUCUAAAAAAAAAAAAAGGAUCCAAUGUUCUAAAUUUUUUAACAAAAUCAAGACUAAAGCAUGCUGGGAGUUGUAGUCCAGAAACAUCUGGUGACCCAAGGUGUCUAGAACUUGCACAAGAGGGAGGAAAAAACAUUUUAAAGCUAAAUAUUCCAAAAACUGUAGACCGAAAGCAAUUUAAAAACAUGUGCUGUCUAAAAUGUCCUUGUUUAGUGUCUUACUCUUAAGUUGGUGGUCUGUAAACUGAGCAACAGCCUUGCUUGUGUCCCACCCUAGUAUAGGGCGAGUGGGUGCACUGCUGUGUAACAUGGAAAGUAUAUUUCCUAUUCAUAAAACAUGUUUUCAUUGAUCAUCAUAGCCUAUAGGGUACAUGGAGCUCCCUGCUGUUAAUUUGCAUCAGUAUGUAUGAGUGGAUCUAUCUUACUUGCUUAGCUUUGUUACUGCAACUUUAAAGUCUCAGAACACCUGCAAUGGCUUCCAAAUAAAGGGUACAUAGAGAACCUUGCACUAUGCAGUCAGGGGUGGUUCCAGUCAUUAGAUGUAAGCAAUAAGAUAGCUCCCAUUCAUAUGCAACUGUGAAUUGUGCAGAGAUGGGAUGUUCUAGUACACGGCUGGAAGAAUUGUGAAGGAAAAGCCCCAGUUAUGGAAUUCUGCCAUCUUUUCUCUUCUCCAGAGCACCCUUUUUCCACCAGCCACACCUAGGCAAGAUGGGGGUGUAAGCCAUUAAGCAGCAGAUUAAUCAGUGUCCUUUGUACUUAAACCCAAUUAAUGCAGCGGGUACUACAGUUUUCUGCUUCAGUGUUAUGGUGAAAUAUUGGGUGGCAGUUUCCUAAAGACUGCAGCAAUUGCCAGUUCUCAGGAACUUCUCCCACAAACCAAAAUCUCAGAUACCUCUCUCCCCUUUUUUGUAUGACCGUUUUGUUCAAAAUGAAUUUAAAUUAAGACAUCUGUUUAUGUACAGGUACAAUGGCUGGAUGUGUGACUUUUAAUGUUGAAUUAAUGUAUGUAGGAGUGUGAAUAUAUUUUAAUUGCUGCUGUAGGGUACUUAAAGUCCAACAAGACCUUUUUCUUCUAAGGUGCACAAUGGUGCCAAGGCUGUAAGGGUACGUCGGUGCCAUCUCUUAACUCCCUAAAAGCUGUUUUCUUGCUGGAUUAGGACACUUGCCGUAUUGCACAAUUAGGGGGGAACUGUAAGGAAAAUAUAGUUGCUGCCUUUUAUUUUAUUUGUGCAAGUAGUCUUCCAACCUACAGAAAAGUGGCUUAGUACGUCUCCCUACUGUCUUCAACUUGUUUGUACAGUUUUAAUCUUUUUUAUAAAAUCUGUAGAUAAAAUGUGUAAUAAAGAAAUAGUUUAUUAAAUUUAAA